GUGAGAGUUCUCGAUACAACGUCAAGUUUUCCGAUCCUAAAGUCUGCAAGAGUUUUCUACUGGGAUGCUGCCCUCAUGAGAUCUUGGCCUCAACUGUAAGUAUUUAAAGAGAUACUUCUCUUGAUCCCUCAAACCUUCAUUUAUUUGAGAAAAAAAGCAACUCCUUGGUUGUAUUGCUUGUAAAAGAUUGUGCCUGAAAAGAAUACUCCUUUCUGAUCUUGCUUUGCAAAUUUGUGUUGCAAAUACUUGAAUUGUUUCCCAUUAUGCACUCGUUUGCUAAAUCAAGAUCAGUUAGUCAGUUUCUCGAGACACAGGGGACCAUUAAACAAGGGGACGUGACUUUUUAACUGAUAUUUCUAUGUUUUUGCGUGGUGCAGUGAUGUUAUAAUGGGGUAUCAGCUACAGAUUACUCAUCGCUUUCUCAGUACCACAUUACACCUCAAGUGGCCGUAAGUAAGACUCAUGGCAGUGGUGCGUUGCCAACCUCCUUUGUACCUUAUAAGAACAAUCCAACAGCUACUUUUAAUCAGCCAAAAAGUACAGUGGCUAGAAUUUCCUGUCCCUAGUAAACAUAUUUAACUGUUGGUAUAUCAACAAUAUAUGGCUGGCUAUAGUGUCCAUGCUGAGCCAACUCAAGUGAAAAAGGGCGGUUGGCGGAUGGACAUUGGAGAAUGCGUAAACAUUCACGAUUUGGCUCUACGUGCCGACUACGAAAAGGCCAGCGAAACCAAGGAUUAUGGCUAUCAAGUCGAUGCCAUGGAUCAUUUGACCACUUUUGUUGGUGAAUGCGACCGGAAGACAGAAGCUGCCAAAAAACGGCUGGCUGAAACCCAAGAAGAAUUGUCUGCUGAAGUGGCCGCCAAAGCCCAAAAGGUUCAUCUUCUAGCAGAACAGAUCGGUCAAAAGUUGGCGAAGGCGGAACAAUUGGGCGCUGAAGGGUUCGUCGAUGAAUCGAUGAAGAUGAUGGAAGAGGUUGAGGAAUUCCGCAAAAAGAAGGCAACAGCUGAGCAAGAAUAUCGAAACGCCAUGCCGGCCUCAUCGUACCAACAACAAAAACUACGCGUCUGCGAAGUUUGCUCCGCGUACCUCGGCAUUCACGAUAACGACCGACGUUUGGCAGAUCAUUUUGGUGGAAAACUUCACCUCGGCUUCAUUAAAAUUCGUGAGAAAUUGGCUGAACUUCAGGUCAAAGUGGAGGAAAGACGGCGUCAACGCCACACUCAGCCAGUGGCGGACGAUCGAGAGAAACAAAGGGAGCGACAACGUGAGCGUGAGAGAGAAGAUCGCGAAAGGGAACGUGAGAGAGAAAGGGAAAGAGACCGACGGCGAGAGAGACGUCGUUCACGCGAUAGAUCACCAGAACGACCUCGUGACAGACGUCAGGAUGGUAGAAACCGACCCCGUUCACCCGUGUCCCGCAAUCACCGACAACGCUCUUCAUCUCGAGACUCUGGCAUCCACCCAGAAAAUUAUUAGCAUCACACAAUCAAGAGGUAUUUUGACAAGAAACAAUCCUGAACUCUCGCCCGUUGUCCAUCCCUUGUUUUACUAAGUAAUACACUUCUAAUCUGAAA